CCGCACAUGUUGCUGGUAAACAAAUCCCAAAACUUCAAAUAAUCCAAAAUGACUAGAAAAAAGGCUGCCAAGCAGAAAACUGAAGUCGUAUUUGACGACAAGAAGCGCAUAGAGUUCCUCACUGGCUUCCGGAAGCGAAAAAACGAGCGACGAUCCCGGGCCAAGGCGGAUCUGGAGAAAAACCUUAAGGAGGAGCGCAAACGUAUCCGUCAAGAGGUGAAAGAUGGCUUCAAGCACCUCAAGAAGUCGUACGAGCCACUGCGCGAGCUCACCGAAGACGACAAAAAGGAGGAGGGCCAGCAGGAGACCUACGAGGACGAGGAGGUUCAGGUUAAGAUCGUAGAGUUAACUACCAAUGACCUGGCGGCGCAGCGCAACAUGCUGGGCGCCAACACAGCCGAGGACAGCGAAGCCGAUGAAGAGGAGCAGGCGGCGAGCGAGGACGAGGACACAACACGGCCCGACAGGAUACCCGGCAUGGACUUCGAUCCCAGUGCCCGCAAACGCAAGAAACAGGCAGAGGAAGACGCUGAUGAGCCAAAGCCCAAAAAGACUAAUCCCACGACCGAGGCAGACAUCAAGAGCAAAAAGGACCUAGAUCGCAUUAUGAAAACCAAGACGCUGAAGAAGAUGCACAAGAGCAAGGUGUUUAAGCAAAAGGAGCGACUGGACAAAAAGGUCAACCAGAAGAAGGCCAAGCGGGAUCGCAAUAACACCAUCAAGGCCGUGCCCAAGCACCAGCGGAAGCGCCUCAAGUUUGGCAAGGAGCAGCAAAAGUAUCGCAAGGGCAGGAUGAUCAACAAGAAGGAACUGCGGCGCAAACGGGGCGGGGGCGACUAAGUGUAGCAUCAGUAGUUAUCGUUGUAGUUUGUUUAACGGUUUAUUUACUAUUACUCUAGAGUGUGUGGAUCAAAUAAACUGUUUAAUUCCUGG